UAGGGAAGUAAAAAGAAAAGAAAAAAAAAGACAAAUCCCACCAGUCGUGUCUUCUUGUUCAUCCUUUGUUUCCUUCUCACUGUUAUUUGCCUUACUUAAAGUCGCAAACUUUGCUUCGAAUUCAACCCAUCUCUCAUCUCAUCUUCCCCUUCGCAAUCAAAUCUCCAACGAAAUCAAUCUCUCUGCUCAAUUCUCACUCUUCUGCUGGGUUUCGAGAAUUCUCUAAUGGAAGGCGGUUCCGCUUCGACUUUGUCAAACGAUGAUAAUCUCGUCGUCUCCUCCGAGGAUUCUUCUUCUCCGACAGAGAACGGUCUCGAGCUUCGUCUUACGUUGAGCCUCGGUCGAAAGGGGUUUCGAGAUUGUAGGGCUUCUCAAGCUAAUGAUGAUUCUUCUUCUUCUUCGUCAUCACCUUCUUCCUUGAGUAGCAGAGCUAGCGUAACGGCCGGGAUCAAGCGAACAGCUGAUUCCAUGGCACCUACUAGUGGGCAAGUUGUGGGGUGGCCACCAAUAAGGACUUACAGGAUGAACAGUAUGGUUAACCAAGCCAAGACAUUGGCCAUGGAAGAUCCACAACAAGUAAACAGAAAUACAAAUGAUGCAACAAAGAUGGGAAGCUCGAUGUUUGUGAAGGUGACUAUGGAUGGUAUUCCCAUUGGAAGGAAAAUCGAUCUGAAUGCUCAUAAAUGCUAUGAAUCAUUGUCCAACGCUCUCGAAGACAUGUUUCUCAAACCCAACACAGUUCCAAGCACACAAGAAACUGAUGGUCGCUUGGAAACAAGGCUCAAGAUACUACCAGAUGGGUCUUCUGGAUUAGUACUAACAUAUGAAGACAAGGAAGGAGAUUGGAUGCUUGUUGGUGAUGUUCCCUGGAGGAUGUUUAUUGGUUCUGUGAAAAGGCUCCGGAUAAUGAAAACAUCAGAAGCUACUGGUGCAGCUAAAAUGAACUUAUAAAGCAUAUAAAUAAACUACAAGAACCCUUCUAUGUUUGAAGCAGUAAUAAGACAGAUCAAAGAGAAGACAACAACGAUGUAAGAAUAUUCUUGCCUUCACAGUUUUUUUGGCUCUGCCAUUUAUUUAGUAUUGUUCAACUUUGUAAAUCACAAAACGUUUCAGAGCAAUGCACAAGUUAAUAAUAAACAUCUGUAAAGAGAGC